GAAAAGACCCCAGUAUCGCCCGUUGGAUGAGAACAUUGUGUGCGGAAUUAGAGCCACUUAGCAGGCCGUAUCGCCAUUGCUUUGUAAGGCUGCUGGCUAGCUACCGUCUCCUUCGGCUAGCAAAACUGUUCGUGCAUCCGAGCAACACGGAGCGUCAAGAUGAAGAAGAAAGCUCGGCAGCACCGGGCCGCGGUGCCGCAGAGGCCGCCGUCUCCCAUCAAGCCUUCCCCCAACAAGCAGAUCUUGACCUACGCCCAGGCGCAACGCAUGGUGGAGUUCGAGAUCGACGGCCGCAUCCACCGGCUCAGCAUAUAUGACAAGCUGGAUGUGAUCUCGGAUGACGACCCCAUGGUGCAGGAGAUGAUGGAGUGCACCAGCAAUAAAGAGAACGCAGAGAAGCCGCAGCAGCAGGUCCUCCUGAGGUCGGUGAGACUAAAAAACAACCAGGAGAAGAGAAACGCCGCCCUGGGCAUCACAGGUCAUGGAGAGGGAGCCGGGCAUCAGGCUGCUGGUAAUGCUGGUCCAAAGCUUCCAGAGCCGAAGUUCCGCACAGUGGAAUAUAACCUUCCAGCAGUCCCUAAGCGUCCAGCCACCUUUUAUAAAUACACAGAGAAAACUGAGGAAGAGCUGGAUGAGGAAACAGAGUAUGACAUGGAUGAGGAAGAUUACGCCUGGUUAGAACUGGUUAAUGAAAAACGGCGAAGCGAAGGGGUCAGUCAGGUCUCCCACAAUGUUUUUGAGUUCCUUGUCGACCGCUUUGAGAAGGAGUUGUACCUGGAGAGCCUGGAUCAGGGCAGUGAAAAGCAAGCUCCCAUCGACGAGGACGCCGUCUGCUGCAUCUGCAUGGACGGCGAGUGCCACAACAGCAACGCGAUUUUAUUCUGCGACAUGUGUAACGUGGCCGUGCAUCAGGAAUGCUACGGCGUGCCCUACAUUCCCGAGGGCCAGUGGCUGUGCAGACACUGCCUCCAGUCGCCAGCUCAGCCUGCAGACUGCAUCCUGUGUCCCAACAAGGGCGGAGCGGUGAAGAAGACAGACGACGACCGCUGGGGCCACGUGGUGUGCGCCCUCUGGGUCCCCGAGGUCGGCUUCUCCAACACCACCUUCAUCGAGCCCAUCGAUGGCGUUGGCCACAUUCCUCCAGCCCGCUGGAAGCUCACCUGCUACCUCUGCAAGGAGAAAGGUGUUGGGGCGUGCAUCCAGUGCCACAAAGCCAACUGCUACACCGCCUUCCAUGUCAGCUGCGCCCAAAAGGCCGGCCUCUUCAUGAAGAUGGAGCCAAUCAAAGAGGUGACCGAAACAGGAGAGCCCACGUUCUCUGUGAAAAAGACAGCCUACUGUGGAGCUCACACGCCCAACGGGUGCGUACGGAAGCCUCUCACAAUCUAUGACGAUGCCAAACCCAAAAACGGACUGUGUAAGAAAGUGGACAAGGGGAGAGCCGCUGGGAAAAGGCAAUCGAAAGGAAAGCAGAAGAAGAGGAGUAAGAGUAAGAAGCCUGAGCCUGAAGAUGAGAGUGAAGCUGCAACCCCUGUUACUGUGCCUAUGUUUCCUGCUCACAGGUUACAAACCAUUCUGAACCAGGUGUCAGUCCAGAAGAAGAAAGCGUUUGUGGAGCUGGUCCUAAAUUACUGGACACUAAAGAGGCAAUCCAGAAACGGGCUUCCCCUCAUCAGACGCCUUCAGACAUGCCUGCAGUCUCAGAAGAAUGCCCAACCGGUUUGUUCAUCUAGGCAGAAUGAGGACGAGAGCAGAGCGUUGAAGGACCAACUGAAAGAAUGGCACCGUCUCCGACAUGACCUGGAGAGAGCCCGGCUGCUGCUGGAGUUAAUCCGCAAGAGAGAGAAGCUCAAGAGGGAAGAGAUUAAGCUGCAGGAGACCCUCCUGGAGAUGCAGCUGACUCCCUUCAGUAUUUUGCUCAGAGCUCUCUUGGACCAGCUUCAGGCAAAAGACCAGGCGAGGAUCUUCGCUCAGCCGGUUGAUGUCAGUGAGGUGCCGGAUUACCUCGACCACAUCAAGCACCCGAUGGACUUCUCCACCAUGCGACAGCGCAUCGACGCCCAGGGCUACAACAACUUCGAGCAGUUUGAGAGCGACUUCAACCUCAUCGUUGAAAACUGCAUGAAGUACAACUCGAAGGACACCUAUUUCUACCGGGCCGCCGUUCGCCUCCGAGAUCAGGGCGGGGCCCUGCUUAGAAAGGCCCGGCGCGACGUGGAGAAAAUCGGCUUCGACAGGGAAAGCGGCAUGCAUCUGGCCGAGGCUCCAGAAAUCAAAACACCGCCAUUGUUUUCCUGGGAGGACGUGGACCGCCUACUUGUACCAGCAAAUCGGGGUCAUCUGUCUCUGGACAAGCAGCUGCAGCAGCUACUGGAGAAGUUUGACCUGACCUGUGCCAUGAAGUCCAGCCCCUCCCGGAGCAAACGCCUCAAACUCCUCAAAAAGACCAUCAACGACGUCCGCAACGAAAUGAGCCUGAAAAGAGUCCUACCUUCCCACCACCACCACCAUCACCACCACUGCUCCUCCUCCACAACUCCUUCCACAUCAGCAUCAUCUUCAUCAGCUCCCUCCCACCCAGAGAUGGGCAAACCUAAAGAAGACAGACUGAAGCCCAACGGGCAUUUUCCAGACGACGAGGGAGACAAGUCUCUUCCUCCUAAACUGGAGCCCUCAGACUCCAUACCUCCCCUCAUCCACUCAGACACAGAUCCCGAGCCCCCCACCCUCAAGCCGAUCGACGCCACCCUGGACUGCGACGACAAAACUCACAGCAAGCGAGUCAAGUUUGACGGGGAUCUCCCGGACCUGCUCUCCUCCACCCCGCGCCUCAACGGCCACUCCCGCGACGCCCUCCAGAGCUCUCUGCUGGACGGAGACGUGAGCGUGGUGGCCACAUCGACCCUCGCCGAGCCCACGGGGACGGUCAGCCGCCGCACCGCCGUGCUCUUCCGCAAGUCGAAGGCCACCAGCCCGCACAAACCCCCGAGGGGUGGGGAGGAGGGGGCCGAUGGCGGUGGCGGCGGCGCAGACAGGAAAGAAGGCGAGGAGGAGGAGGAGGACGAAGACGGUGCGCAGCUCGGCUCCAAAUCCUUCCUGUCGGUGGUCAUACCCAGAUUGGAAACGCUGUUGCACAGCAAGAAGAGGAAGCACAGCGGCAGCAGAGACGGCGAGGAGGAGGAGGGUGGAGGGGAUGGAGAGCGUGAGGAGGAGGAAGAGUCUCCUGUGAAACGACUUGACACUGGUCUGUCGAGUGGUUUCCUGGAGGUGGAGGAGGAGAAGGAGCUAGAAGAACCCAGCAGAACCAGUAGACCCGUGGAGCCACGAAGACGCUGCGCCUCUGAGUCCUCCAUCUCCUCAUGUAGCAGUUUGCCGGGAAGCACCAGCACCAUUCUCAGUCUUCCAAAAUGUGGGAAGGGAAAACCCGCCUUGGUCCGGAGAAACACUGUGGACGAUAAGAGCGAAUUAAUCGCCUGCAUCGAAACCGGGAAUUUUGCAAAAGCAGCGCGAAUCGCUGCCGAGGUUGGCAACAGCAAUAUCUGGAUGCCCGCUAGUGCUGCAACAGUUGCACUGGAACCCCUAAAGCUAGUUUGGGCCAAAUGUAGUGGAUACCCCUCCUACCCAGCCUUGAUCAUCGACCCCCACAUGCCGCGUGUGGGCUGCCAGCACAACGGGGUGUCCAUCCCCAUGCCCCCCAUGGACGUGCUCCGCAUCGGAGAGCAGAUGCAGUACAAAGCCGAAGAGAAACUCUACCUCGUCCUCUUCUUUGACAACAAGCGCAGCUGGCAGUGGCUUCCUAGAUCCAAGAUGGUUCCUCUGGGGAUGGACAAGACCAUAGACAAGAUCAAAAUGAUGGAGGGACGCACGUCCAGCAUCCGCAAGGCUGUCCAGAUUGCCUUCAGCCGUGCCAUGAACCACCUGAGCAUAGUGCAGGACGAGCCAGUCAGCGAUCUCAGUGACGUCGACUGAUGACCAAGCCCCCUCCUUUCUCCCCCCCUCACAUACACAAACUUGUACCUCUCCUGUACCAAAUACCUUCCUCUUUUUCCACCCUCCCCCUCGUCUCCCUGUCUCUGUGGGAGACUCUAAUGUUUACUGGGCACCUGCUGUAACAGGUGGUGUCCGCUCCUCAUCCAUUCCUACUCGUACACACUCCUACCAUGUGCCGAUGGGAUACGGCUGCUGCUGAAAUGAAUGUGUCUAUCUAUCCUCUCUCCACCUCCAGGCUUGUAACUGUGCUUAGAGACUGCUUCCUUUCUUUUUGUCACCUCCCACCCUCCACCCUCUCUCCACACUCCACGUGUCAUUUUCAUUCAUCACUUCAAGGCAAAAAUAAAAAAUAAACCUUAGUGAUUGAUCACGUACAUUUUUCUAACCUUACUAAACGUGUCUGUGGCGUCAGGACAAAAACCGUUAUGUUGUAGCUGAGGCUGAUUCGUUUUUUUAAACUCUGUUUUCUUGCCAAUCAUUAUUUCUAUUACAAGUUACUAAAAACGUCUAGUAGCUGGUGAAGCAGCUAAAGUGGGUUAAAAAAUGGACAUUUCUUGCCUGAAGGCUUCUCAGUUGUGUCAGAUCAGCUGUAGCCAAGCUUUUCUUUAUGACAAAGUCACAUUUACAAACUGAAAUCAUCUCCAUUUACAAAUAUCUUCCUUUGUAUUUAAACUGUAAAUAAUCUGUACAGUUGCCUGACACUAACUUAUUUUGUAGUUUUGACAUAAAUGGGUACUGUACAGGAGUUUUCUUAGUAUUUAUACUUGAUGCAUUCUUGGCACUAAGGUGUGAGUGCUGUUUUGCCAGUGCUGUAUGAUCAAGAAGAUUAAAAAAAAAAAAAAAAAAAAGCCUUAGUAUUAAGGAGAUUAGGGCUAAAAUGUCAAGUUUCUGAAAAGUAUGAAAGUAUUCCCUUUUUCAUUUUUUUAAGUUAUUGAAGUUUAUAAUCAUAAGCUUCCAUUUGGCAUUAAUCCUUUUUGUAUAAAAAUAGUUUUAGUCUAUUUUUGUUCCUAUAUAUUUAUAUGAUUUGAAUACACAGUAAUUACAAUAUGUAAGUCUCUGAAGCUCAUACAGGCAGUCUGAUGUUGUGGACACAGAACGUAUAUUGUUCUCAAGAAACCAAAAAUGUUGCUACCCAGAUGUUUUUUGCUGAUUAAUUUUCUGUGUGACGUGUGAAACUUGUUGCCAAAAAAAGAAAAAAAAGUGUAUUUUUAUGUGAUACAUCUGACUGUUACUUGGUUUUGCUGUAGUCGUAGGGAGACUGUGCCUGCGUUAACUUAUUGUAAAGUAUUUGCAUUACUUUAUAUUCAAGGAAAGAUGUGCAAACUGAUUGUGGUAAAAGUGGCACAUUUUGUGGUGGAUACUUGCCUUCUUUUUAAGUAACCUUUUCUAACUUUUUUUUGUAGUUGUAGACUUCAAGACAUUUCAUUUUAUACUAUUGCUUAUUUUUUUCUGGGUAGCAUUGCGUAGUUUUGGUAUAUUUCAUUUUGUACUUAACUGUAGUAGUUUUUUUAAUCAGGUCAUAUGAAAUAUUGCUGGGACUGUUUUUUGUAGCAAAGCAAAAAAUAAACAUACAAAUAUAAA